GGAGGGGCGGUGAAUAAGCAGAUCUUUGAAGGCCGGAAAAGUUCAGAAAGCUUCUGAAGCCCCUGCAACACCCACGGCUGGAAGAGUUCCAUCCCUGAGAUUCCUCUGCAUAAACCUCAGGUUGUCUUGCUCGGAUGCACUGCGGCCUAUCCGGUCCACAUUCCACCACCCAGCAAGAACGAAGGGAAGCCAGUUUGCUGACAAUGAAAGAGGAAAGCAUGUGCCCAGAUUCACCGGAAGACAGCUUGGUCACCAGCGAGGAAGAAAGCGAGAGGUUGCCCAAGAAGGGUCUUCGCAAGAGGAGCCAGCUGGGCAAGCUUCUGACAUCUUCAGCUCCGCAUGAAUGCAGCACGCCUUCCCCACAGGGUAAACGCAGCAAACGUAGUCCCGUGCCACAGACCUUCGAGGACAUGCACACACAGCGGGUGAUCGCCAACGUGCGGGAGCGCCAGCGUACCCAGUCGCUGAACGAUGCCUUUGCCGAACUCCGCAAAAUCAUACCCACACUGCCUUCUGACAAACUCAGCAAGAUCCAAACACUCAAGCUGGCUGCCCGCUACAUUGAUUUCCUCUACCAGGUCCUGCAGAGUGAUGAACUGGACCACAAGAUCUCCAGCUGCAACUUCCUGGCCCACGAGAGGCUCAGCUAUGCCUUCUCGGUCUGGAGGAUGGAAGGGGCAUGGUCCAUGUCAGCAUCUCACUGAGAUCCGGUUGGAAGGUAAACGCAGCAAGAAAGCCACCAUGCGCCAUGCUUCUGCCUCAGACAAGAGCAACGAUGGGACGCCUAUUGAGAGGAACUGAAGGCCCCUUUCUAGGUGCUUUUCCAUCCCCAACAUGAUGGAAAGGAAGCUCAAUGUGGAUCCAGGAGUGGAGACUCCCAUGCUUUCAUGCGGUGGCUUUGGGAAGCACGAUGCCUCAGAGCAGUGACCUCAAUAGGCACGGAUGACUUUGCUUGUAACAAGCCGAUCUCAAAACGUCUACGGAACUCUUUCAGGAGCUAAUUUAUUUUUUUUUUUGAAUUUGCAGGUUUUAAGAAUACUCUUUUUUUU